UUUUUUUUUUUUUAUUAAUGAAACGAGCUCCAUUAACUUUGUCUGAUCAAGAAACAAAAAAGACCAAGAAAGAUCAUCCUUUUUUUGACAUGAAUUCAAGAAAAGCCAUCCAAUGGCUGAAUGUAUUUGAAUCUGUCUUGAUUGCCAAAAGUAAAGCAGCAGCCAUUGCAAGUCCUAAAAUAGCUGCUUUUGAUCUUGAUGGUACAUUGAUAGCUACCAAGAAAGGGAAUGUGUUUGCUAAAGAUCAGUAUGAUUGGCGUUGGUGGGAUCCUACAGUCAAGAAACGACUUGAACAACUCCAUCAAGAAGGAUACAAUAUUGUGGUCUUUUCAAAUCAAAAUGGUCUCAAAUCCGAAAAGACCACACAAAUAUUUAAGCUAAAAGUAGAAGCCAUCUUGAAUCAACUCAACUUUCCUGUCUUGUUGAUGGCUGCUUUGAAAAAGGACAAGUAUCGUAAACCAAUGACAGGCAUGUGGGACUAUAUCACACAGAACCAAGAGAUCAAUCGAGAGCAAUCAUUUUAUGUGGGUGAUGCAGCAGGCAGAAAACAAGGAUGGAAAAAGAAUCAUAAGCAGGAUCAUUCUACAGCAGAUCGUAAAUUUGCAGCCAAUGUAGGUAUUCAGUUCCAUACACCUGAAGAAUACUUUUUGAAUGAAGCACAAGCAGAAUUUGAAUGGCGUGGGUUUCAUGCAGAGGGCUAUUUAGCCUCUUCUUUACCUCUUCAUUCGCCUGAUACAACACCUAUUGCUAUUGAAGAUCAUCAAGAAAUGAUUGUCUGUGUAGGCUAUCCUGCUUGUGGAAAGACUAGUUUUGUUAAGAAGCACCUUGUGCCCAAAGGCUAUGUCCAUGUCAAUCAAGACACACUCAAGACACGUCUGAAUUGCAUCAAAGCAGUUCAAGAAGCAUUGCAUAACAAACAAUCGGUGGUGAUUGAUAACACUAACCCAGACCGUAGUACACGCGACACUUAUAUCAAAAUGGCCAAUCUAUCAGGUGUGCCUAUUCGCUGCUUUUAUUUUGGUGAUAAUGAAGAUUUAGCUCAACACAACAAUCUUUACCGUGCCAUCUAUCACUCUUCAAGAGAUGUGAUCAGUAGUAUUGUAUUUCGUAUCUUUAAAUCCAAACUAGAAAUACCUCAACCAGAAGAAGGAUUUCAAGAAGUGAAAUGCAUUAACUUUGCAUUUGAUGGCUCAGAAGAGGAUAAAAAGAGAUGGUCUCAAUGGUGGCAUUAAUAAUAAACA